AUAAGAGCGCUACAUUAUUAUGACGUCACGGCAUUCUUCCUGUAGGUGGGAGCAUUUAUCUUCAAAUAGUAAAUCUUGAUUUUUCGAAGUACGGUUAGCAACUCGGCACAUGCUCGUAAGACAUUCUAUUAUAUAUCGGGUAGACCGGGCUUAUUGGACGUUGUUACAUAAAGUUUUAUUCUCGUAGGCAAAAUAGUGUUCGCAGAAGAAUGGCGAGUUGUCGGUUAUUUGGCGCGCUUACGCGUUUUUCCAGGACAAAUGUCAACUUUGUUACACGAGCAGGAUUACAUCAACCAUUACGUUCAAUGUCGGCAAAAGGAAAAAAUAAACAUUUUUCAUACAAAAUUGUCGACGAUGUAGCUGUUGUUACUUUUGACUCUCCAGGAACCAAGGUGAAUACAUUAAGUAGAGAAGUAAUGGAAGAAAUACAACAAAUUUUAACAAGUAUAGAAAAUGAUGCUUUAGUAAGAUCAGCUGUACUGAUAAGUGGAAAACAAAAUUGUUUUAUUGCUGGUGCAGAUAUCACCGAGCUACAACAAUGUAAGGACGAACACAGCGCUUACAAGAUAUCGAAAGACGGACAAAAUAUUUUAAAUAGAAUAGCAGAAAGUAAGAAACCUAUUGUAGCUGCUAUACAAGGUGUUUGCUUCGGUGGAGGGUUAGAGGUGGCUCUGGCUUGUCAUUAUCGAUUAGCAGUAAAAGAUAAUGAAACUGGUUUGAGUUUACCCGAAGUAAUGCUUGGACUUCUUCCUGGUGGUGGUGGAACUCAAAGAUUACCAAAAUUAGUUUCACUACCGAAUGCCUUAGACAUACCUUUAACUGGUAGAAGAAUUAAUGCUGAAAAAGCCAAAAAAUUUGGACUCGUUGAUUUUUUAGUAAAUAGAUUGGGACCAGGUGUAACAUUAGCGGAAGAAAAUACAAGAAGAUAUUUAGAAGAAACUGCAAUUAAAACAGCAAAAGACAUUUCGAAUGGAAAAAUUAAAAUUAACAGAGAGCCAAAAACGCUAAUAGAAAAAUUAACAAAUUAUAUCAUGUCAUUAGAAUUUGUGAAAAAUCAAAUAUUCCAAAGAGCAAAAGCUCAAGUUAUCAAACAAACUGGUGGACUUUAUCCAGCUCCUCUAAAAAUACUAGAAGUGAUAAGAGUGGGUCUCGAUAAAGGUGAAAAAACUGGUUAUGAAGUAGAGGCUAAAGGAUUUGGAGAAUUAUCCGUAACUCCCCAAAGUAAAGGUUUAGUUAAUCUUUUCUUUGGUCAAACGCAAUGUAAAAAGAAUCGUUUUGGAGCACCAGAAAUUAAAGCGAAAUCAAUCGCUGUUGUUGGAGCUGGUUUAAUGGGUGCCGGUAUUGCCUCAGUUAGUAUCGAUAAAGGUUACAAAGUUAUUCUUAAAGACACGAAUGAUGCUGGUCUAAGUCGAGGAGUUGGACAAGUCCAAUCAUAUUUAGAUAAGAAGGUUAAAAGGAAAGCAAUUAGCACCACUGAAAGAGGAAGAUUCUUGGCCGAUUUAUGUCCAACGUUAUCUUACGAUCAAUUUAAAAAUACAGACGUCGUUAUUGAAGCAGUUUUCGAAGAUAUUGCAAUUAAACAUAAGGUUAUUAAAGAGAUUGAAGCUAAUACUCCAGAACAUUGCAUAAUUGCAACAAACACUUCUGCUAUUCCCAUCGCAAAGAUCGCCGCAGGAAGUUCACGGCCGGAUAAAGUCAUUGGAAUGCAUUACUUUUCACCUGUAGAUAAAAUGCAACUAUUGGAAAUAAUAACACAUAAGGACACCUCUGAUCAAACAAUCAAAUUGGCUGUAGAUGUUGGUCUUAAGCAAAAAAAAGUUGUAAUAACGGUGGGCGAUGGUCCUGGAUUUUAUACUACCAGAAUCUUGUCAGCCAUGAUGUCGGAAUGCGUAAGGCUUUUGCAGGAAGGCGUUGAUCCCAUGAAUUUAGAUGAUCUUACGAAAAAAUUCGGUUUCCCUGUUGGGGCGGCAACUUUGAUCGACGAAGUCGGCAUUGAUGUAGGUUCCCAUAUUAGCGUCGAUCUUAAUAAAACAUUUGGAGUUCGAUUCCAAGGAGGAAACGAAAGUAUUUUAGCUGAAAUGGUGAAGGCAGGAUUCCUCGGUCGAAAAUCUGGCAAGGGUAUUUUCGUUUACGAGUCGGGUUCCAAGCACAGAGACGUCAAUCCCGGUGCUUUAGACAUUCUGAAAAAGUAUAGUCUCGAACCGAAGGGUAGUACAUUAUUCGAAGAUCGUCAGUUGAGAUUGGUGUCUCGAUUCGUUAACGAGGCUGUACUAUGCUUGCAAGAAAAAAUUCUAGCUAACCCGUUGGAGGGUGAUAUUGGUGCUGUAUUUGGUUUAGGAUUCCCACCAUUUACCGGAGGGCCAUUCCGCUGGGUUGACUAUUACAGUGCUAAUAAGUUAGUGGGUAGAAUGGAAGAAUUUGCGGCUUCUUAUGGAGAAUUUUUCAAACCUUGUGAUCUGCUUUACGACAUGGCUAAAGAUCCACAAAAGAAGUUCUAUCCAGUAUAGAUAAGUGAGAUGUAAUUAUCAAAUGAAUUGUACUGAAUGUUAAGUUGAGUCUUAUAAGCGUUGAAUAUAUUUUCGGGAAAAGCUAUAUAAUUUUACAAAGCAAAUCACUUAAUAUUUGUUA